AUGUAUAACACCGACAAACAAAAAAAACAAGCACCAUUUAUUAAACCAUUAAGUUAUGAUCCAAAUAAUUUCGUUAUUUUACAACGAUAUAUUAAUUCAUUGAUAAUUUCAGGACAAUAUCCAUCUGGUGAUAAAUUUGAUAUGUGUGAUCGUUUUGAAAGUGCAUUUACAAGUGAUGCAAUUAAUUUAAAUCAAAAUUAUAUUAAUGGAACAGUUGAAGAUCGUAUUCAUAUUGCACAUAAUGUAUCAGAUUAUAGUGGACCAGCUUUUGAAAUACCUUACUCAAUAUUAUUACCAAAACGAAGCCAAGUUACAAAUUUACUUGUUCCUGUAUGUCAUGCAGCUUCUCAUGUUGCAUAUGCCGCUACUCGUGUUGAACCUCAUUUUAUGUUAUCAGGUGGUGCUUCUGGAUAUGCAGCUGCUUAUUCAAUAUUAAAUGGUACUAUUGAUGUACAAGCAGUUAAUAUUAAACAAAUAUUAAUAAAUGAUGGAGUACUUUUACAUUAUCCACAAGGACAUUGUAAUGAAUAA